AUGGGGGACUGGAACCUGCUGGGCAGCAUCUUGGAGGAAGUACAUGUCCACUCCACCAUCGUAGGAAAGAUCUGGCUCACCAUCCUCUUUAUCUUCCGCAUGCUGGUGCUGGGAGUGGCGGCCGAGGACGUGUGGGACGAUGAGCAGAGCGAGUUCAUCUGCAACACGGACCAGCCGGGCUGCAAGACCGUCUGUUACGACCAGGCCUUCCCCAUCUCCCUCAUCCGCUUCUGGGUCCUGCAGGUCAUCUUCGUGUCUUCGCCCUCCCUCGUCUACAUGGGCCACGCGCUCUACCGCCUGCGCGCCCUGGAGAAGGAGAGGCACCGGAGGAGGGUCCAGCUGAAGGCAGAGCUGGGGGAGACGGAGGCGCUGGUGGAGGAGCACAAGCGCAUUGAGAAGGAGUUGAAGAGGCUGGAGGAACAGAGGAAGGUGAAGAAGGCUCCACUGAGAGGGUCCCUGCUGCGGACGUACGUCAUCCAUAUCCUAACACGCUCCGUGGUGGAGGUGGGCUUCAUCAUGGGCCAGUAUAUCCUGUAUGGAAUUGGACUGGAACCUCUUUAUAAAUGCGAGAGGAUGCCUUGCCCCAACAGCGUGGACUGUUACGUGUCCAGGCCCACGGAGAAAACAGUGUUCAUGGUGUUCAUGAUCGUCAUUGCCGGGGUGUCUCUCUUCCUGAACCUCCUGGAGAUAUCCCACCUGGGCAUCAAGAAAAUCAAACAGACUCUGAAGGGAGACAAGUACCCAGCAGACAACGACAGUUUGAUUUAUAAGCCGAAGAAGAAAGCGAUGAUACAGCAACUGUGUGUGAUGAGGAAACUGUCUUCUCACAAUGGGCCGCUGACUCAGACCAUCUUCAAAGUCAUUCCUGAGGAGGAUCUGAACCCAAUGGACCCACCUCCCCACUACAUACCUAACCACGAGGUGCCCAGGCACAACAGCGUGGCUCCAGGCCAGCACCUGGCCAACUGCACUGGCCUUCAGCCCCAUCAGCACUACCAGCAGCAGCAGCUCCAGCAACGUCAGCCCAGCCAAGGGAUGAUCCAGACCCUGCACCUCCAGGGAGCCCCAGAGAACCACACCACCACCAUGGUUGACCAGCACCCUCCAGCCUACGGAGGAGUUUUCUUGAAUGGAGAUAGUGGGCCCAGGAACCUGCAGGGUCAGCCGAACCAUAAGGACCCCAAUUUACACCCUCAAGGCCACUACCAGCCCAGCCACAUGGAAGUAGUACCUGUGCCUAUUGCAACACACAGACCCAGCAUCAUGACAACACACAGACCAAGCUUGGCUCCAAGGGACAUAGACCUGGAGGAAGAUAGGAGGAAAUCAAUGGGCAGUGACUUCCUCUUGCCUAACCCAGGAAGGAAGCAAAGCUUCAUGACACGUAUGCCCUCUGAGAGCAUGUCCACCAUCAGUGACUGCAGCAGCAACUCUCUACGGACAUCUGACUCUGAACUGGGCGACAUGGGGGACAUGCCCAUGAUGCCACCCCCUGGAAGGAGAAUGUCAAUGAGUGUAUUCUUGGACAUCUCCUCUAUCAUGAAAAAGUGA